AUGGAGGUACAUAGCAUGGCGACGAAGUUCUGCGGCCAAACCGUGCAGACGGAGCUGGAGGCCAUCAUUGCCGGCAGCCAGCGGCAAGUUGCAGCUCGCUGCACGUUGUACUGCACUGGAUUGGUCGAGGCCGCUCGUGAGGACGAGCGUCAGCAGCUUCGCGACAGGCAAAUUGCUGCAGGCGCUGACUCGGGAGGAGCUUGGACGCGGGGUUUCUUCGGGGACAGCUUUGCUGCCAGCCGUCCCGCGCCAGAGGCCUCGCAGAAGCUGGUGCAGCAGCCCACGUUGGACAAGUGCAGAGCAGAUCGCACUACUGACAAAGACUGCGAAUGGAUCCUGCGAACAGCCUUCUCCAUUCGAAACAAGGUGAUCCAGCGGCGGAGGGAGAGUGAAGUCGACGCGGAUGCCGCUGAAGAGGCAGUCGCCCGCAGCCGCGCAGUCUCCAUGAGCAAGAAGCAGGCGCCGGCAAUACUGGAUCCCAAGCUUGUCGAGCAGCUGGCUUGGACUUUCACAAAGUAUCGACAAUGGACAGAGCUUCGUCGAUACGGUCGAUACAAUGCGCGGACCGUGCAAGUCUUCAAGUCUGGCAAUUUGGCACAGCAGAUUGCGCUUUGGCUUCCUCCAGCCAAGCUCGUCGCGUUUCGUCGACUCAGCUCCUGCUGCCACCAAAUCGUCAACGACCUGCUAUCGUGCAAUGAGGCCUUGCGGAAGGAUGUGGAAGCUGCAUUGGAAGACAUCCUGCAUCAAAAAGACAACCGUGUUUGGGUGGGAAUCCGUGUGCGCCCACACAAUGCAGACGCUGCGUCCUUUGCGGUGGACCGCCGGCAGAUCACGCUUUGCUUGCCAUCGUCAAGUACCUCAAGCAUGGCCCCGGCUCCUGCAGCGUCAUUUGUCUUCAACCGAGUCUUCGACCGUCAGGCAAAGCAGACGGAUGUGUGGAGCAGCCUCCAGGCCCCUCUCAUGCGCUGCUUUUUGCGCCGGGAGCAUGCCUGCUUGUUCGCCUACGGACAAACUGGAUCUGGCAAAACCCACACCAUGUUUGGGGAUCCAACCUCGCCGUCUGAGUGUGGCCUGGCAUUCCGAAUUGCGGAAAGCCUGAGGGAGCUGCUUCAGCCCGCUGACGCUGCAUCGGUGGAGUUUAGUUUUCUGGAGGUUUACAACGAGCGGAUUCAUGACCUCCUCGACAACUCUAGAGUGUGCGUGCUGGCAGGUGAAAGAGAGGAGCUGGCACCGGGAAGCGCAUACUAUGCUGCCAAGCGCGGAGAUGAGCACGUGGUCGUGCGCGGGUUGACUCGUCGGAGGUGCAAUUCUGACGACCUCACCGCGAAGAUCGGCGAGUGGUUGCUGGAGGGUGCGACCGCUCGAAUCGUUGGCCGCACCGCCUUCAACCCCCGGUCGAGCCGAAGUCACGCAGUGGCCACGAUCCAUGUCUGCUGGAAGAAAGAUCCCGACAAGCCCGCGCAAGGAGGACGAGAGACACGACUGCACAUUGUGGAUUUGGCCGGGAGCGAGCGGUCGGGGCAGUAUGCCAUAGACGGUGGGCAGCUACGAGAAGGAGCGCACAUCAAUCUCAGCCUUUCCACCCUGGGCCGUGUGGUUGGUGCUCUUGCUCGCGGCCAAGGGGAACAUGUUCCUUACAGGGAUUCGGCACUGACGUGGUUGCUCAGCGAUGCUAUCACCGGCUGCCAUGCCAGAGCUUUCAUGAUUGCAACGGUGCAGCCCGAACAUGCCGCCGAGACACUGAGCACGCUGCGCUAUGCCCAAGCGUACUCUAACCUGCAAUCCGAUUUGAGCACCAAAAUCCCACGGUUACGUGCACAAGUACGAUCUCUUCUCUUUCAAGCCGAAAUGGCCCAGCGAGAAGUCGAACUGAUGUGCGCGCAGAUCAAUGAAAAUGCCAGGAUUGGGAAAAUGAACCAGUGGGAUCGCGAAACGCUGAAGAGUCGAGUCGUCCAGAUUCGUCGCCAUGGCGAGGAGCACUUCCGAUUGCACCCGUAUUUGAAGUGGACAGAUGUGCACGACACCAAGGCAAAGUUGAACCAGAUAGGGCUGGUGGAAGAGGUCUGUUCAGUUCCCCCAGUCAGGGAGUCGGAUAGCCAAAGCGAUGGUCGCAGGAUUCACUUCCGAGAAAGCUCCGUUAAUCCUUCCGCUUGCGUGCGGGUGGUGUUCACAGGAAAGCACGGCCACCAGUCAACGCAUCUGUGGUUCCCUGAGGACUCACUGGAGGACGUGUCUCCGCCAGUGCAGCUACAGGAAUUGCUCCAAGCCUCUGAAAAAGCCGAUACUGCUUUGCAGCAGAAGAUGGCCCAGCUGAAGAGUGCACAGAAGGCGUUUGCUGCCCAAAUGCAGGAGUGGACGAGCUGA